AAUAAUUUCAUGAAUGACUGAAGGGAGUGUGCCUCUGUUUGUGUCCGGCUCUGACAGGAGAGGAGUGUAAGCGGCAUGUAUUUGUGCGGUGAUCGGAUCUGCAAAGGCCCUGAUCAUCUCAAACGAGACUGCAGUUUAUUUUGGAGAAGGGAAAAAAUGACAGCAUGAAGGAGGUGGAUUAUUAUCAGGAGCAGAGCGGGGAAAGUCUGGAUUUAGAAGAAAAAACAGAUAUUAAAACCCUCGGAGUCAGUCAAGAGCAGGACGCUAAUGUAAGCCAAACCUCUGAUGCCCCACAGCUGUUGGUAAUUAAAGAAGAAGUUUCUCCUGAAUGGAGCCAAACUCUGGAGCAGCAGUACCCAAACCUCCACAUAAAGGAAGAGCAGGAGGAAACGUGGAGUACUCAGGAGGAAAAGCCACCUAAUGGGCUCCUCGUCACUGGUGUUCCUGUGAAGAGUGAAGGUGAUGAUGAUGGUGAUUUGGAACCUCAGUUGUCAGAGCUACAUCAAAGCCAAAUUGAAGUUAAAAAAGAGGAUGAGCCUCCGAUCAGCAGCUCAGCUAAUCACAUAAAAACAGAAACAGGUGGAGCACCAGAAACAACCUCAGAUCCACACAGUGAUUCAGAGCCUAAUACUGAAGGAAAAGCUUCAGAUGCUUUUGAGGCAGAUGUUAGUAUUGACAGUGAUGAUGAUGAUGAUAAUACUGAUGAUGACGAUGAAUGGGAGGAAUCUAUGUCUGAUUCUUUACCUGAAACUAAAGACAGUGACAAUGCAAAGGAGUUGGGUGCAAAUCCUGCUAAAAAAUCCUUCAGCUGCUCUGAGUGCGGUGAAAACCUUCUCUCCAAGCAGUCUCUUCAGAGUCACAUGACAAGUCAUUCAGGAAAAACACCUUCCAGCCGUCUGCUUAGUAAGAAAUGCUCCAGAGUGAAGCAGAAAGCAGAUUCAAAGACAAGUGUUGACAAAGGAGAGAAACCAUAUGUUUGCAGUGACUGUGGACACAGAUUCAGACAUCGCUUUAAUCUUAAAAGACACAUGAGAGUCCACACAGGAGAGAAUCCUUUUAGUUGUGACAUUUGUGGUAGAAGAUUUAAACAGCAGUGCAGUCUCAAAAGACACACCAGACGCCACAAAGGAGAGAAAUCAUUUAAUUGUGAAGUUUGUGGUAAGAGAUUUAAUGUAAGGGAUGAUCUCAGGCAACACAUGAAGUGCCACACAGGAGAGAAACCGUUUGGCUGUCAGCUUUGUGGAAAAAUGUAUAGAGAUCAGUGUGGGCUUAAGAGGCACAUGAUAGUCCACUCAGGAGAGAGACCGUUCCACUGUGAUAUUUGUGGUAAAACAUUUAAUGAAAAGAAGUCGCUUAGUAAGCAUGCAAUAAUUCACACAGAAGAGAAACCAUUCAGUUGUUAUGUUUGUGGUAAAAGAUUUAGACAUCAGUGUAACGUUAAAACACAUAUGAGAGUUCACACAGGAGAGCGACCAUUUAAUUGUGAUGUGUGUGGUAAAAAUUUUAACCAACAGACAAUUCUUAAAAAGCACCAAACAGUCCACACUGAAGAUAAACAAUCUAGUCCAAAAAGAUGCGAACAUAAGCUUAUUAAAGCGCGAACAGAAGAGAAGCCAUUUGGUUGCGAUGUUUGUGGUAAAAGAUUUGGACAAAAGUGUAAUCUUAAAUCACACAUGAGAGUCCACACAGGAGAGAAACCUUUUACGUGUGGUGACUGUGGUAAAAGGUUUAGUCAUAAGUGUCAACUUAAAGCACACAUGAGAAUACACACAGGAGAGAAACCAUUUUGUUGUGACAGUUGUGGCAGAAAAUUUAGACAUCAGUCUAGUCUUAAUACUCACAUGAGAGUUCACACGGGAGAGAGACCAUUUGGUUGUGAUAUGUGUGAACGAAAAUUUAGCCAAAAGGUACUCCUCCAGAGACACAUCAAAGCUCACAAUGAAGCGAGUCUUGUAUGAGGAGAAGGUUAGCUGCAGCAAUACUGGAUAAAACAAAGAAUUGUACCACUUAGGAGAUUCAACAAAGCCAGGCUUACUUUGUGUUAGCUGGAUUGACAAAGACAGAAAUAAAGGUAUAGUUAUUGACUUUCUUUGUUAACCCAGGCUCACACAAAAGAGGGUGUCAAUUGAUUCAACUUUUGUACAAAAUAAAAUGAUCACAGCUCUAUUCAAUCAGAGACAUUGUAUCAGAGAAAUUAUCAUUUCAUUCACCACAUUUCACCACAUAAAGUCAAUAUCGGCAAUUUGUAUAUUGAAAAUUUGCUGAUAAAUGUGUUGUUAACGCUUGUUGAUAAAUCAUUUGGUGUUUGUUUGGUCAGAGGAACAAAAUGUUCCUGAAAAAAAUCUAAUAAUGAUCAGAGAUGGACACAUCUAGAGUAUUUGUUUGGGUGUGUUUGCAUGGGUGUGUCCAUUGAUUAACUGUUUUCUGUCAGAGUUUCUGGUGUACUCACUGUGAAUAUUGAAACCAUCUGAAAUAAUAAUACUGUCAGAUUUUGUUGUAAUUUUUGGAAAAAGAAGUUCACCAAUUUCCUCCAGCAAGCCAUGUCUCAGUUUCAAGGGAUGAUAUAUAGUGAGGAGGAUAGCAGCAGAUCUAGAAUUAAUUACUGAUCUUAGAUAUUCAAAACUUGGAUAACUGUCAAAUGAUGCAUAUUUACAAUUUAAAAACACUACAGUAAUCCCACUGCUGUUAAUAUGAGUGCAAUGUUCCAAACUAUAGUUAGUUGGUGAUGUUUCAGUGAGCUCUGUGCUAUCAGUGUUAACGAGGUUUAAGUAAGUGAUACAUGACGUCCCACAGGUUCAGGUCUGGGGAAUCAACCAUGAGAGAUAAGAGGAGAGCAAUGGUCUGUGGUCAAUGCCUGCUAAACCACUGCCCUCAUGGGAGCUUGUUUCCUCUGUUUGUUUAAUGGUUAUUUAAUGGUUUCUGCUUCCUAACUGGACGGAUUGAUAUGAUUGAGUCAUUUAGGAAAAACAUUUUCCAGCUGUCUGCUUUAUAAGAAUUGUGGCAGAGUAAAGCAGAAAGCAGAUUCAAAGAAGAGCACUGACAAAAGAGAGAAACGAUACGUGUGCUGGGACUAUGGACACAGAUUCAGACAUCACUUUAAUCACAGAAGACAGUAGAAGUCGUGGACACAGACAGCUUGAGCAACCAAGGCUGUGUCCGCUUUUUUAAAAUUUCUUUGAAGUCCCCCUGUAGGGACAUGCAUUUUUGGUGCAUUGUAGAUGAAAAAUGUAUGGUUCUAUGCAAUGUUCCCUCUAAUUUUCCAUGUGUCUGAGCGAACACACAAACUCCCUGAGCGAUCCCUUGGACCACUGUGAGCGACAUCAGACGUGUGCACUGUGGUCACGCCAGCAUCUAAUCCA